AUGACAGAUAUCGAAGGCCAAAUUGAGCUCCAGCUCGAAAACUCAGCGCCCAUGCAACAAGCGUUUGGGGGCCGACUUCAAGAGGACAUGAGCGGGGAGAGGCAGUCAGACUUCAGGGAGGAGCUGGAUGAGCCGCUGUCGUUGUUGGCUGACGUUGCUCUGGCGCCACUCCGCGGUAAACAUGCAGCCUGCAGCUGUGACUGUGAGGCCUGCAGCUGCCUGGAGGUUAGACACAUGGCGAGGAGCCUCCAGUCUAUGCAGCUGCAGCUCCAGUUCCUCAUGAGCAAAGCAGAUGACCUACACAACUGCCUUGUGAAUGGACAGGGUCAUUCAGACAGAGACGCUCUUGCUGCUGCGGUACCAAGUUUCCUGUACACCUGUCAGCCUUACUUUAACCACCUGGAAUCCACAGCUAGGACCACUGUGUCCCAGCACACCCCUCUGCCUUAUGACAUCUACACAAGGCUGCUAGACUUCUCUCAGCAGCUGUGUGACAGGUUGGAGCAGCUGGUGUUAACCUACGCCAGCCACAAUCUCCUCUGUUUAGAUGAAAGUGAGCCUAACAGCGUGUCUCACUUCUGCAUCGGUCAGAGUCAGCUCAGCCGACUGAGGCUGACAGUGUUCCGCUACUGUAAACCGACACCAUACCUGGCCCGGGUCGACACCGGCCUGUACAAACGAAUGCGAUGGAAUGUGGAGAGGCUCCAAGACAAGCAGCAGCAACAGGCAGAAGAAGAGCAGGGUGGAAACAAUGAGGAGAGGGAGGCAGAAAUAGUUGGAGACACAGAGUAUUACUUCCUGUGCUAUGAGGAUAUUCCCAACAUACAUGCAGAGGCUGAUGGCGGCGGCCAGGGCGUCUCUCAUGGUAACAUGGCAAGGAUAUGGUCCAUCGGUCAGUGGGUGCAGGUGAACCCAGACCCCGCCACAGAGGACAUCUAUGACUGGAUCAUAUGUGAGGUUCCUCAGGCCAGCUAUCAGAGGCUGUUGUUCCUGGGCAGUGAUGAGCCGUCUAGCUGCAGUGCUACAGACUACCUGCAGCAGCUGCUGUUGUCACACCAGACAAAAGACUGA